AUGGCCUGCUGCGCUACUAGCUUCUGUGGCUUUCCCACUUGCUCCACCGGUGGCACCUGUGGCUCUAGCUGCUGCCAGCCCAGCUGUUGUCCAACCAGCUGCUGCCAGCCCAGCUGCUCCCAGUCCAGCUGCUGCCAGCCCAGCUGCUGCCCACCCACCUGCUGCCAAUCAAGCUGCUGUGGAACGGGCAGUGGCCAGGAGGGUGGCAGUGGAGGUGUGAGCUGCCGCGUUAGAUGGUGCCGCCCAGACUGCCGCGUGGAGGGCACCUGCCUGCCCCCCUGCUGUGUGGUGAGCAGCACACCCCCAACCUGCUGCCAGCUGCACCAUGCCCAGGCCUCCUGCUGCCGCCCAUCCUACUGUGGACAGUCCUGCUGCCGCCCAGCCUGCUGCUGCUACUGCUGCCCCCCAAGCUGCUCUGAGCCCACCUGUUGA